UUUAUCUCAACAACACACCUCCUACACACAUUCUUAACAUAUCAACAAUUUCCACAAUUGUAUCAUAAUGGAGAGAGUGACAAAGAUGGUUUCAGAGAGACCGGUUGUAAUAUUCAGCAAGAGUUCAUGUUGCAUGAGUCAUACCAUAAAGACACUUUUUUGUGACUUUGGUGUGAAUCCAGCAGUUUAUGAACUUGAUGAGAUAUCAAGAGGGAGAGAGAUUGAACAAGCACUUUCAAGACUUGGUUCUUCUCCAUCUGUUCCAACUGUUUUCAUUGGUGGUGAGCUUAUUGGUGGAGCUAAUCAAGUUAUGAGUCUUCAUCUUAACCGUUCUUUGAUUCCAAUGCUUAAAAAAGCUGGAGCUCUUUGGGUUUAGUUUUAGCAGGCACAGUCAGUGAAUAAAUUAAUUACCUGUUUUGGUUAUGUGGUAAUUGUGAGUUUAUAUAUAGAGAAAGGAAGAAUAUAUAUUUGAUGAGUUAAUAUUAAAGUUUAUGGCCCCAAGUAAUAAUAGGUUUAACUUAAUUGAUAGACUUGGGUGCUGUUGAAGGACUAGUAUCUUACACCACCACCGCACUAUAUGCAACUAUGCAACAACAAUAGGGGGUGGGGUCUAAGUCUAUCGUUUAGCCUUUUUUUUUUGGAACUAAUGCAAUGAUUUUUGAUGCAUGUUAUUAAUAACAAAUUAUAUGGAGGAGUUGCAACA